CACAGUAGGAGGGGAAAAACGGAUGAUCCGUCGGGAAGUAGGUGGUGAAUGCGUUUUCCUCUCUAUCGUUUUUUCAAACCGGAAUGCUGAGGUGGCAGGUCAAGAGAGGGAAUUCAUAUUCUGAAACUCAGAAGGAAGCUCCUUGUAUGCUUAUAUAAGUAGAAUCACACAAGAGAAAGAGAAAGAGAAGAAUUGUUUGCAGUGAUGGCUACUUCUAGGAUCUCAUCGCUGCUCUCUCGCUCUUUCACUUCUUCUGCUUCUUCUGCUUUGCUUUCUUCCAUAGGGAGGAAUUCAUCCCGGAGGGGCGGGAUCUUUAGAUAUAGCACUGCUGCAGUUGUUGAAGAACCAAUCAAUCCUUCUGUUGAUGUCAAUUAUACUCAGCUUUUAAUCAAUGGACAAUUUGUGGAUGCCGCAACGGGGAAAACUUUUGAGACAUUGGACCCCAGGACAGGGAAUGUGAUUGCCAGUGUUGCUGAAGGUGAUGCAGAAGAUGUUAAUCGAGCUGUCUCGGCUGCUCGCAAGGCGUUUGAUGAGGGACCAUGGCCUAGGAUGAGUCCUUAUGAGAGAUCCAAGAUACUCUUGCGUUUUGCUGAUUUGCUUGAAAAGCACAAUGAUGAGAUUGCAGCACUCGAGACUUGGGAUAAUGGGAAGCCAUUUGAACAGGCUGCAAAGGCUGAAGUACCAUUGGUGAUACGUUUGAUGCGGUACUAUGCGGGUUGGGCAGAUAAGAUUCAUGGUCUCACGGUUCCUGCUGAUGGAUUGCAUCAAGUGCAAACCUUGCAUGAACCCAUUGGCGUUGCUGGACAGAUUAUCCCCUGGAAUUUCCCACUUCUCAUGUAUGCUUGGAAGAUUGGACCUGCAUUAGCAUGUGGUAACACUAUCGUUCUAAAGACAGCAGAGCAGACACCAUUGUCUGCUUUAUAUGCAUCGAAGUUAUUGCAUGAGGCCGGGCUUCCUCCAGGUGUUCUAAAUGUGGUUUCUGGUUAUGGUCCAACUGCUGGUGCAGCACUUGCCAGCCAUAUGGAUGUGGACAAGCUUGCUUUCACUGGAUCAACUGCAACUGGAAAAAUUGUACUUCAAUUGGCUGCAAGGAGCAAUCUUAAGCCAGUGACUUUAGAGCUUGGAGGGAAAUCCCCUUUCAUUGUGUGUGAGGAUGCUAAUGUAGAUGAGGCUGUUGAGCUAGCCCACUUUGCUUUAUUCUUUAAUCAGGGGCAAUGUUGUUGUGCUGGCUCCCGUACAUUUGUACAUGAAAGUAUAUACGAUGAGUUUGUAGAGAAGGCAAAAGCACGUGCUUUAAGACGCACCGUUGGUGAUCCAUUCAAGGCAGGCAUUGAGCAAGGCCCCCAGAUUGAUUCAGAUCAAUUUGAGAAGAUCCUGAGAUACAUAAGAUCUGGUGUCGAAAAUGGAGCCACCCUUGAAACUGGAGGUGAGAGAUUUGGCAAAGAGGGCUUCUUCAUUAAGCCUACAGUUUUCUCUAAUGUUCAGGACGGCAUGUUGAUAGCACAGGACGAGAUAUUUGGACCAGUGCAGUCCAUCCUGAAAUUCAAGAAUCUUGAUGAGGUGAUAAGAAGGGCAAACGCCACUAGUUAUGGGCUGGCCGCAGGAGUCUUUACCCAGAACUUAGACACAGCCAACACCUUGACCCGCGCACUAAAGGUGGGCACAGUAUGGAUUAACUGCUUUGAUGUGUUUGAUGCAGCGAUUCCUUUUGGUGGGUACAAGAUGAGUGGGCAUGGCAGAGAAAAGGGUAUUUACAGUCUUCAAAACUACCUGCAAGUGAAGGCUGUUAUUACUCCCUUGAAGAACCCCGCGUGGUUAUAAAUAAAUCACCCUGCUUCUCUCUUCUUACUUAAGCAUUAUGAAGAAUAAAUACAAGCCUACACUAAUCUUUGCUUGUAAUAACAUGAUAUUGAUGAUGAUGAUGAUGAUCUCAAAAUUGGGUAUGGUGCCGCGUGGGUACCAUAGAAUUUUUCUAAGUAUAGUAGGCCUGUGAUUGACCGCAAUAAGUAGCAUGUUUCAUCUAUGUUAGAGCUUUCUUUGUUGUGAUUGAUGAAUGGAAAGUCAGGUGGCCCGUAUAAGACAAUCAUGAACCGGAGCUGUUAGCCUGUCACUUUUUUGACUUUAUUGGAAGUGGCCACUUGCCUCAUUUUUCUCCUCUCA